UCAAUAGAAAGCUAGUACAUUCACAUUCACAAUCGCGUAUGCAAUUUCAGAACUGUGAUCGUAGGAUGAAAUUUUUGGAGGUGAUAUAAUUUGAUGUGAGAUGAUAUGAACGUCCGUGCUCCUUUUCACAGUUUAGUACUUCGCCAGUCCAACAUACCCACCAGGAAUAAUGCUGUUGUUGGUGCUGACAAUUUUGCAAUUGAAAGUCAUAGUAUAAGCUACUCUAUUAACACGGAAAAGGGAAAAUUGAUUCCAAUUUUAAAGGAUUGUUCCCUGGAAAUCCCUUCUGGGCAGUUUUGGAUGCUGCUUGGACCUAAUGGAUGCGGGAAGUCAACACUUUUGAAGAUCUUGGCAGGUCUGCUAAGUCCAACGGAUGGUCGUGUGCAUGUGAGGAAACCUAGAAGUUAUGUCUUCCAAAACCCAGAUCACCAAGUGGUCAUGCCUACUCUAGAAGCAGAUGUGGCCUUUGGCCUUGGGCGAUUCAACCUGACAAAUGAUGAGAAAAAACUGAGAGUAGCAAAAGCAUUGACCGCUGUGGGAAUGUAUGAUUAUUUGCAGAGACCAGUACAAACACUUAGUGGGGGUCAAAAACAAAGGGUUGCAAUUGCCGGUGCUUUAGUCGAAGAAUGUAAACUAUUGUUACUAGAUGAACUCACGACGUUCUUGGAUGAAAGCGAUCAGGUCGGGGUGAUUAAAGCCGUGAAGAACACAUUGAGUAGUUCUGCAGAUGUGAGUGCGUUAUGGGUAACACACCGAUUGGAAGAAUUGGAGUACGCAGAUGGUGCUGUAUAUAUGGAAGAUGGGAGAGUUGUUAUGCAUGGUGAAGCAUCCAGCAUAAUGGAUUCUAUUGAAGCUAGGAAAGCCUCUUAUACCAACACUCUUAACUCCUCAUAA